AAAUACAAACAGCAAAUUACGGGCGAGGGACGGCGUCAACGGGGCAACGACACGCCUUUAUUUGUCGAAACCGUCAAGGAAGCGGGUAUAUGGAGGAGGCCGAGUCGACCGUCGAGGGGCACGGAAAACGAAAUGCGUCCCCUGAUAUGGAGAUCGCCCCAAAACGGAGAAGACUCUCCGCCCCAGAGGUCGACGGGGACGACGAGGCAUCGCGCAAAAUGACGAUGCGGUAUCAUAUUCAGCGGAUGGCAAGACUUCAGGCUCAAAUGUACCUUCAAGGGCAACGCGAAGGGGAUGAGCGCAAUCGACGACGUCAAGAGCUCAUUGCGAAAAUGGUGGAGGUUGCCAGGGAAGUGCGACGAGAGUCCGGACAAGAGCAUAGCUCUGACGAACAUACAUAUGAAUUGGACGGGACGCCGCGAGCAAAAAACGAACUACCCCCAUAUUCGCUGGACGGGUCGCCAGAUCUAGAUCGCGACGGAAAGCCCUUUCAAUGCGACAUACCGGGCUGUGAAAGAAAGUUUAAAAAGCUGAACGGUUUGAUAUCGCAUCAUCAUGCGGCCCACGCUUCUGGUGGUAUCAAUGAUCCCAAACCUUUCAAAUGCAAUAUCCCUGGUUGCAGCAAGGCAUACCGAAAUUCGAAUGGACUAGCAUAUCAUUUAGAGAAUGGUCACGGUGGCGGAGGUGUCAUUAGUAGGCCAGCGACGGUGCAGCCAAAAGUCACGAUUGAAAGAAGCUGGUAUUGUCCGUACAAGGGCUGCGACAAGACGUAUAAGAAUCUAAAGGGGCUUGUUUACCAUCUCCAGAAGGGAAAAGCUUCGGGACACAACGUGGACUUGGAGGGUCGUGGCGUGGUCGGCGUUUUCGUGUGUGCAGUACCGGCAUGCGGUAAAACAUUUAAAAGUCCGCAAGCGCUGGUUGGCCACGUUGAAACAGCGCACGCGGAUAUGGAUCCCAUUGUAAGCCCUUCCAUGCUCGAUGAUAUAUCAACCACCAAGAUUGUCGAUUGCCAAUCAUGUAUGCGGCAAUUUCGAAAUGUAAAAAGUCUUGCGCAUCACGUUGCCACCGCCCAUCAACGCGAGACGUCUCCACGAGCUCUUCUUGCCACAUGUUUAUCAAACCCUCCCCAAAUACCGACUCUAGAUAGCCCGUUACAUAGCGAAGGCGACGGGUCAGAUGCGGAUUGCCGUCCAAUCGCCUUGGGACUGUGACUCUCUUGUCUGCAGGAUAUGCCCGCUUGGGCCAAUCCUUUCAUGUCACCUCUCACGUAUACCCUUCCAGAGGGUCACAGCCAUUGCUGCCGCUAUAUAAUAUUAGAUUGUGUGGUGGCGUUAUUUUUUGAGAUAGUUAAUAACAUGUAGAUACAUUAUACAUUUUAUACGAUUGCAUUGCCAGCAAUACUAUCCUUUUAACGACGAGAUUCCGAC